AUGAGUGGUAUAACAUCGCAGGGGCUGUUACAGGAGGCCACCAGUGUGCGCUUCGACUCCAUGUCGCGUCGGAGGGCUAUCUGGUGGUUCCUUGAAAACUCUCGGUGGGCUCCGGCAUGGUUGCAGUGGAUGUCACUGCUGUAUCAGCUUUUAACGAGCGCGCUGAUCGUGGCAUUGUUUGCAGUGGACUGCCGCACCAUGAGCGAAGAGACUACAGAAGUCUACCACAACAUGGAGAUUUGCGCUACAAUCAUCUUCACAGUGGAGUUUGCUCUGCGCUUCUACAGCUGCAUAGAGUCGGUACAAGAUGCUCAACAGCUCAGCGUGUCAGCACGUUGGAGAAGGCGGAUAUGCUUGAUGACAAGUGCAGCCUGUCUUAUCGACAUGAUCUCCUUGGUUUCUCUAUACUUGGACGUCUGCAUCACAUCCAACAUAUUCCGAGGGGUGGUGUCAAUUCGACUGCUCCGACUUUUCACUCUCUUCCGAUUGGAGAGGAAGCACAAAUUCUUGUCGCCAAUUGUGACGGUGAUUUCUAACAAGCGUAGAGAGCUGGGAGCCACCCUUGGUGUCGCUGGGCUUGUCCUGCUGAUCUCAGCCACACUAAUGUACUAUGUUGAGUCUGGCGUGAAUGCCAAGUUUAGCAGCAUUUUAGAAUCGAUGUGGUGGGGCACUGCAACGCUUACCACUGUGGGAUAUGGCGACAUUGUGCCCAUAACGCCUUUGGGUCGCUGUCUGGGCAGUCUGGUUGCCUUUAUUGGUGUUGGUCUUUUCGGCCUACCGGCGGGCAUUAUCGCUUCGGGUUUUGCAGAUGCUCACCGAGCGAAAUCGCUUGAGCUUCGUCACAACAGUUCGGAUCAUUUGGAAGCUCGGAUGACCCGCAUGAUGAGCGUUCAAAACGAAGUUCUUGCAGAGCUUCAAUCCCUUCGCACUCAGAUGGUGCGGCGUGUUUUCAUGGAGUCUCAUGGCGACCUUGACUUCUCCCCGCGGACAUGGACUCUCGAAGUCGACUCGUGGAAAAGGGAGGAGGAAACGGUUGUAAGGGUUUUGAGCAUCAAUGUGGGCGUUGCAGAGGCUCGCGAUGAGUACCUGAAGCACAAGAACAAGGAGCAGCAACUCCUGAAGCUCAAGGAGCUUCUCGAGAAGGCUGCCUUCCUGCGCAGCGAGGCAGAGGUGCAGUCUCAACUGGAGACGGGUUCAGUGGUUUGCAUCGACACCGUGAAAGAGUCCCUGCGACGGGGCGUCUGGGUGCCACCCAGGGAGCUCCGUCCGAGUCUCUUCAAGAUGCUGCAGCGCCGCCCUGGUGUCAAGGGGAUGGAGCGGCUUCAGACCAUGAAGAGGAGACCAGCCGAGGUCUGCUUCGACGGGAAGGGCGGAAUCCUCAAAAACCUGGACUCAGCACUUGACCAAGUGGCGGAAUCCCUUGGUCGAAACGGCUGGGUGGCGUGUGAGUUGGGAGCUCAUCAAAGCCUGAUGGCAAGAGCCUUGGAGGAGGCGAAAUCUCUAAAGCCUCGCAUGUCCCGUGGCACCACGGUGAUCCAGAACGAGAUCAUCGAUCCGUCCAUCCCAAAUGCAGACAGGGAGGACAGGGUUCUAUUCCUGCAAGAACAGGGGCUCAGUGGUCCCAGUGCGGCCAAGGGUCCUGCGCCAACGCUGGCCUUGCUGGAAAGUGCCAUCAUCGACAUUGUCAUGCAUCUAGAUCCCCGCCUGCAGAGAAGUGGGCUUCAGCUGCGAAUCACCGAGCGUUGUGAUGGAAUGCUCUCGAAUUACGAGAAAGGUGGUGCUUACAGCGCGCACAUUGACAAUGCGGAUGGGGAUGGACGCGUUGACGGGCGAGUGCUGACUGCAGUGCUGUAUCUCAACGUGGGAUGGGACAGAUACGCAGGUGGUGAACUUGCUAUAUUUCAGCCAGAUCACGGAGACAUUGGCGACGCAAACUGCCAUGGCAAGUGGAACAUGAUCUACCCGGAGGCAGGCACCCUGGUCUUCCUCCGCGCGGAUCAUGUGCUGCACGAAGUCAGAGGAGCCCACGCAGAGCGGUAUGCGCUGAGCGUGUGGUUUUGCGGCCAGCAUGCCGACUAUGGCGGAUCAUAG